AUUUACUCUCAAGACGGAUUGCAGGAGAAUGACAAGAUACCUUCUCUGCCCGGCCAGCCAGCAAAUGUAACUUUUGCACAGUAUUCGGGCUAUGUGACAGUGGAUUCAAAGGCAGGAAGAGCUUUGUUUUACUAUUUUGCAGAGGCUGACAAAGACCCAUCUACUAAGCCUCUCCUCCUCUGGCUUAAUGGAGGGCCAGGAUGCUCAUCGUUUGGAGUGGGUGCAAUGACUGAGCUUGGACCCUUUCGUGUUAAGCCUGAUGGAGCCACUCUUUAUAGUAAUCCCUAUGCGUGGAACCAAGUGGCGAACCUCUUGUUUUUGGAAUCACCUGCUGGGGUUGGGUAUUCAUACUCAAAUACCACCUCUGAUUAUGAGAAAUCCAGCGAUAACAACACUGCUGUGGAUUCGUACACGUUUCUACUGAAUUGGUUUGAAAGGUUUCCGCAAUAUAAGAACAGAGAAUUCUAUAUCGCAGGGGAAAGCUAUGCUGGGUACUAUAUCCCUGAAUUGACAGACACGAUUCUUAAGAAUAACAACUCUCAGACAUCUUUUAUAAAUCUCAAAGGGGUUAUGAUUGGAAAUGGACUAAUAAACGACGAGACAGAUAGUUGUGGUGUGGUUGAUUAUAAGUGGUCUCAUGCAUUAAUGUCAGAUGAAGACUAUGCAAAUGAGCGUUGUAGUGCAUCUAAUUCAAGACAUCAAACUCAAAGUCAUACACUUCCUUCUCGUUUAAUUUCUGAUGGGGGAGAGAUAAACCCCUAUAACAUAUAUGCACCACUUUGUCCUUCCCAUCCUGACCCCAUAUGGAGCAAUACUUUAAGAUCUACUUUUACUGAUGCAUCUAUAGAUGGAUUUGAUCCAUGUACUCCUGGUUACGCACAAACAUAUCUUAACACACAUGCAGUGCAAAGUGCUCUUCAUGCAAAUGUGACAGGAUUACCUUAUCCAUGGGAGGAAUGCAGUAUUCCAAUAAAUUUAGUAUACGACAGAUCUACAACAACGGUGGUUCCAAUAUAUCAAAGAAUGAUAACAUCAGGAUUGAGAAUACUGGUGUUCAGUGGUGAUGUGGAUUCAAUAGUCCCAGUGACUAGCACAAGAUAUUCUAUUAAUGUAUUAAAGCUUUCAAUUGAGAAAGAAUGGUAUCCAUGGAUGGAUGGAGAUAUUAAUGUGGGGGGUUUUAGUGUGAUUUACAAAGGUUUGAUAUUUGCAACUGUUAGAGGAGCCGGACAUGAAGUGCCUAGCUAUCAACCAUCUAGAGCCUUGACUAUGGCCAAAUUCUUUUUGGCUAACAAGCCUCUACCAUCAUAG